AUGGCCGCCGUCACGAUCGACCACACAGCGUUCCCCUACCUCAUCGACGUGAUAAUGGGGUACGCCGACAUGAGCGCCCUUGUCGCCUUCCGCACCACCUCCAGCACCUUCCGCCGCCGCGUCGACGGUAUCCUCCUCAAGCACGUCGUCAUCACCUACAAGUAUCCCAACGUGACACACAACAUCUCCUUCAAGACCCCACCUGGCUCGCUCCUCACGGUCGGCACCGUGGUCCGUCGUCUCCCCCUUGCCCCCAAGUUCGUCCAAGUCGCCGACAUUCAAUACUACCCUUAUCGCGGCGAAACCAUGUCGCCCAGCCCCGCCGACUUCAAGUCGAUCCACACCAUUCGUCGCUCUGCCCACAUGGUGUCUCAGCGCGGCACCAACUACUUCAAGAACGCAUCCCACCGCAGCUUGAACUGA